AUAUAUCUGGGUACAAGCGCACUACAAUCUCCCAUUUCGCACACUUCAUCCUCUGGACCUCAAUUUCCUGGUGGACAUUGCUAGCAGUGACCCUAGCCAGUGGACGGUGGAGAGUAUCUGGUACGCUGGUCAAGAGUUCGCCUCUUAUGACCAGUUGAUUGACGACUACAACAACAACAGAAUCAACAAGACUAAAAUAUCAAGACCUGCCAACAAUGAGGAUUUGUUCUCAAGCCUUCAUCGCCGAGGAGAGUUCCAGCCCCGCAACCCACAGCGACCACCCACUGUCGUGGAACCUGAUGGCAAACGGUAUUCGGUCACUGACAGACAGGUCACUUAUCUGGACUGGACAUUCAACUUCCGAACGUCUCCAUUGACUGGACCGGCUCUGAAUGACGUCAGAUUUAAGGGGCAGAGAAUCGCUUAUCAGAUUUCCUUGUCAGAAGUGGCUGUUUACUACUCUGGGUAUUCUCCCUUCGCGCAAACAUCCAAUUUUGUGGACAGUGCUGUGUCGAUGGGGGCCACUGCGGCCUCCUUGGUGCCAGGAGCCGACUGUCCCGACACCGCUACACUCAUUGGUGCAGCAUUCAUGUCGCAAACUAAAACUGAACCGGAUGUGUACAAAGCCUCGUUUUGUCUGUUUGAACACAACAACGGAGUACCACUGAGGCGCCAUCUGUCUUAUAGCUUUGAAUCUGGGUCUUUCUAUGGCGGCAUGAUGGACUACGUUCUUAUCCUGAGGACAAUUCUAGCGAUAAAUAAUUACGACUACGUGUGUGAUUUCAUAUUUCAUCAGAAUGGGGUUUUGGAGACUCGAGUGAUAAGUACAGGCUACAUCACGUCUGUCUUCCACGCAACUGCUGAAAGACCUUAUGGUUUCCAAAUCCACAACCAUCUCCUUGGACAUGUCCACCAUCACAUGUUUAGCUUCAAGGUGGAUCUGGACAUUAACGGGACGUCCAACAGAUACCGGACCUUGGAUCUCCAGCAGGAGCAAACCACCAUGACAGCGUUCCCGAAACAACCAUUUUCUCAGACCAAAUUUACAACCAGCCUGAAGAGAAGUGAGCUUGAGGCGUUGUAUAAAUAUGACUUCCACAGGCCGAUGUAUCAUCUGGUGCAUAAUGAAGGGGUGAGGAAUGAACAGGGGGAACUGAAGUCUUACAGGAUCAAGAUUGACGGAGUUUCCAAAAACCUGAUGGCUGAAGGUGUCGGCAACGAGAAGACGAUUGCCUGGAGCCGAAAUCAAAUGGUUGUGACAAGGUACAAGGACGAUGAGAUCUCAUCCGGUUCUGUCUACGGUUUGUUCGACAGUCUCCACCCUGUUGUCGACUUUACGACGUUCUACGCAGACAAUGAGACUAUAGUCGAUGAAGACCUGGUGUUCUGGGUCACCUGUGGGGUACAUCACAUCCCACGCUCAGAGGACAUUCCCGUGACGGCCACGGCUGCCAGCCAGUUGUCCUUUUCGCUGCUGCCCUUCAACUAUUUCCCAGAAUGUCCUUCCAUGGGAUCCCGUGACGCCAUCUUCGUGGAUCACCUCAACCCGAUGAACCCAGCAGAGGGGGUCAAAGUCAACAGGUACGGUAACAGCAGGACUCAGUGUCUGAUUCCUGAACCAACACUAGAGGAAUAUGUGGCUGCAGACCCGGACAGGCUUCUGCAGAGCAGACAAUAA